CUCAAUUCUGCUGGGUUAAUUAAACCCAAAACCACCAUGAACACCUCUGUAAUCAACUCCAGCCUACCACUCAACCACCCCUCUGCAGAUUCCGAUCUCCCGCUCUGGUACCAGUACGACGAGUGCAAAGAGAAGCCCGGUGGGUUUGUGUUCUACUACCUAGUCAAGGUGAUUAACAUGGCAGUGGGCUUUCCUGCCAACAUCAUGGUGAUGUGGCAGGUGGCCACGAAGAAGAGCGACUCGUCCACCUCCGACAUCUUCAUCUUCAACCUGGCCAUCGUCGAUGCCUACUUCUGCCUGAUGACCCCCAUUGAGCUACUGAACCGCCUGCUGCUCAAUGACAAGUUGACAUGGUACUUCCAGCGCUUCGCCUACGGGAUCAAGGACACCACCCCGCUCUUCCUCACCUGCAUUUGCCUGGACCGCUACAUGGCUGUGGUCCACCCCAUCGUGUUCACCGGCAUCAGGGACAACAAGAUCAGAGUGGCUUUAUCCAUGCUGGUGUGGGGGCUCAUGCUGGCCUAUGCCCUCAACAAGUCCAUUGCGGGGGUGAACAGCGCGGUCAAUGUCUUCACUGGGCUGAUCCUGGCCUCCUUCACCAUCAUGGUCUUCUGCAACAUCUCUGUCAUAUGGAAUCUGAGGAAGUCGGUCUUGGGCAAAGAGAAGAUGCACCCCAUGAAGAAGAAAGCCUUCAGAACAGUGGUCAUCACCCUGGCCAUCAUAGUCUUUAACUACCUGCCCCCAGUGGCUCUUUUUCCCUUCACAGCCUACUACAGUUUUGUAGAAUUUCAGUGUCUGAUCAGCGUUGUUGUUUUCUCAAUCAUGGACCUCAGCUCCAGUAUCGGACCCCUGCUCUACAUGUCCAAGAUGGAGCGGCCCCAGUGCCUCGCCAACUUCCCCUGCAGCUGCUGCCAACGCGCUUCCGAAGAACCGCAUGACGUAAGCACAUGAGCACAUCUGAAUGGAGCCUUCCACUUAUUAACAGUGAGUCAGUCCAUAAACCAAAAAGAAGAAUAUUUGAAUGAUGGGCAAAUGGCUUGGAUACCUUUGAAAGAACAUAUGUUUUAUAUUAUAGAUAAAAUAACCCAU